CUCCGCCCUCUUCUGCCUCUUCCUACACCACUCUACCGAAAGUACGGUUGGUGUGGUUGAUCGAUAUCAGCUGUGCCCGUCCGUGGGCGCCGCGAUGGUUUCUCGUCAUGCGGAGCGACGUGUGGUUCGCGUUGUGAUCUGCGAGCACAGCUGUCAACCCUGAAACGAUACCCCGCCUGACGCUGCUGUAGUGGUCAUCGGUUCGUCAACGGCGAAGCUUCCUUCCGAAGCGCUUGAAGCCGCGAUGUCGGACUCUUCCAGGGAUCUGGCGAUUCCCGAUGCCAACCAGUGCAUGUACACCGCGUGCUACUGCGAAGAGAACGUAUGGAAACUGUGUGACCUGACGCGGGCUUGUCAGCCAGAGUUGCUGCCCCACUGUUUCGUCGCCUUUGUGUCCAACCGCCGCCAAGCUGUGCCCAUCUGGUGUCAGAAGAGCAGCUCGCGUGCCGAUGGCAUGUCAGUGUGGGACUACCACGUCAUCUUUUUGUACAGCCCACCACCAAGCCGCCUCAGGCCCUGCCUCAUCUACGAUUUGGACACGACGCUGCACUUUCCCGAGGAGUUUGACACGUACGUGCGAGAAGCUUUCAGGCCGCACGUAGCCAUCAACCCCGAAUUCGUGCAAAUGUUCCGCGUCGUCGGCGCGGCCGAGUUUCUGGACAAGUUCGCAUCGGAUCGCUCUCGCAUGCGAAGUUCCGACGGCUCAUGGCUGAAGCCGCCUCCACCUUAUCCGUGUAUCCGGACGAACUCGUGUGAUAACAACAUCGAUGACUUCAUUAGCGUCGACGAAGCAGUCGGCAUAGGCAAGGUGUACACGUUAGCGCAGUUCGUGCAGCGGUUUUCGUAGACGCAUGCCGGUGGCGCGCAACAGCGGGCGUUGUUCUUGCGCGUGUCUGUAUAUCGAACAAAACCGUUUACAUUGCAUUGGAGUUUAUGUGAGGGAAACACCCACGAGACUUCCAAGUCUGCGUCACCCAAAAUAAACAUUUUUAUCACGUUU